UUUUGCGGCAAAACCAAUUGGGAGCUGUCGACAAACACCUGCGGUCGUAAACGAACCAUCAUCCGAUUCAAGAGCGAGCUGCAAGCCGAGAUUCCUGCCUGGGUUCAAGACCCAAUGGUUGCUGGUAGCGGUCACGUCGAACACCAACCAGCCCUCCUCAGCAGCCCAGAUCACCCGUGAGUCGAGGAGAAAGAGCAUUUCUACAGCUGAUAAACAAAGCAUCCACUCAGGCUUCAGGAUGGGAUCUUCGGAACUCUUCCACGAAAUCGACAUGUUUCGUGACCUGUUGCUGAAAGAUGCUGAACUCAUGACGAACUCUGUUGAAGAAAUCAGCAGCAUGGAAGUGUUACAUCGCAUUGAAGAUGUUAUUCUUCAAAUAAUCACAAGUCUCUCCAACAACCAAGCUCCAGUGCUGACGGUGCCGGUGCGAUCCAGCUGGGCCAAUGUCAGUUUUCAAAGUGAAGUUGGCCUUCAGAUGAGCCCAGAUUGCUCCGUCAGCACGAUCAGAAGCGAUGAUCCAAACGGUGUCAUUAAAUUUGCACAAUUUCUCAGGAUUCUCUCCAUCAUCUAUGGACUCGUGCAGACCAAUUCCUAUGCAACUAAACGAGAUAUCUAUUACAAUGAUACUCAGCUAUUUGGAACUCAAAGUACUGUCGACAAUAUUGUGGACGAUGCCGCCUGCAUGCUGAUGGUCCCUCGUAGGUCUCUACAUGUGUUGGCGACGGCCAAAGGGUUAAUCUCAGGUGAUCUCUGCUACCGAGAAGAGGAUGGUACAAGAAUUGACUGCAGCUCUUCUGCAGCAGCUGUGGCUGUGUCGUCAAAUGUUGACGGCAUCAAGGAUAUUGUGUCAUCAGCUAAAUUUGUCUUAAUAGUUGAGAAGGAUGCUACUUUUCAGAGGCUGCUUGACGACGACUUCUGCACGAAACUCUCCCGUUGCAUCAUCAUCACAGGUAAAGGUGUGCCAGAUAUGAACAGCAGAUUGAUGGUGAGAAAGCUUUGGGACACGCUGCACAUCCCCAUCUUCGCUCUGGUGGACGCGGAUCCCCACGGAAUCGAGAUCAUGUGCAUCUACAAAUACGGAUCAGUGGCCAUGUCUUUUGAGGCCCACAACCUGACUGUCCCGGCUGUUCGGUGGCUUGGCCUCCUCCCGUCUGACCUCCUGAGGCUUGACGUUCCAAGCGAUGCCUUAAUCCCCCUGAACACGAUGGAGGAAUGCAAACUCAACUGCCUUCUCCGAAGGCCGUACAUGGAUCAGCAACCAGACUGGCAGAACGAGAUGCAGCUGAUGCAGAAAAACAAGGUCAAGGCUGAGAUUCAGUCUCUAGCAGCAAUCGCUCCGGAUUUUCUCACCAGCAUUUAUCUUCCCAACAAACUGCGCUACGGAGGAUGGAUAUAGCCCAAUGCUGCCAUCUAGUGGACUUUUAGUCCCACUACUACUGUUUUCAAUUUUUCGACAUUUUGAAGUUCGAUAGUUAUAGCCGAUCAAUACAUCUGAUGAAUGCAAUUGGUUUGUCGGACACUUAAUACUGUGUUCAUGAGUUUGUGAAUGUGGUGUUGAAAUUUCGCUCUGCAACUGAAACGAAUGUUUGAGUUAGUAUUACCAAUGACCCGUUCAAAGGGAUUUAAUGGGCUUUGUUUGCAUGUUAAAAUAAUAAAUGGAAUUAGUUAGUUUUCAAAUCUGUACUCUUUUGCGUAUACUUUUGUCAGAUAUUUUAUUCAUUCUUAAUAUGACCAUAUAUUUGCAAUUGAAUGGCUUUCCUAAUUGGACAAGUGAAAGUACAGUUGAAUCACCUGCAGUUUACAAUAUUUUGGAACCCAAAAAAACAUGAUUUCAGCAUUUACCAUCAUUUUCAAAGUAACCGCUCCUGAGUCUAAGGGAAGGUUAUGCAAGUGGAGCAAGAUGCAUCUACUUCUCAUGUCAUGGACA